UCAUUUAUUAAUAUUAUUGUUAUUAGGCGAUCACGCAUCCGUAGGGCUACAGAAAAUGAGUUUCCUGGUAACAGCAUCCCUACAUUUAGAAGCAACCCAGAAGCAAAGGAAAGACUGGACAUGUUAGUGAAGCAACUGGCAAAAUCAUGCUCAAUUCAAGAACUUAACUUUGGAGAAGGUAAACUGUUUUCACUUCUAAAAGUUAUUUAUCAUUGAAGUAACAAUGAGGGUAAAUUAUAGUGCUAAAAUUUAUCCCAACAAGACCCACUUAAAGCAUUAGCCCUACCAAAGGGAAAAAAAGAACACAAAAAGCCAAGAAGAAAAUCUUUUGACCUUGGCGGGAUACCCAACGGCUGGAUGAGAUCUACUGUUAUUUGCUUGCUAAACCACAAGGUCAGACAGUGAUAGGCUGGGGAUGAUUAAGGUGCUGAAUCAAAGCAAAAUAUGUUGCUACUUCUAACUAAGUUAUUUUUGCCUCUACAAUGAAACUUCCACUCUUGAUUGAAUUGCAGAGGGUAUCCGGUCACAUAUAAUAUCAGUACUCAAUGAAAGAAGGAGGAUGGUUGCCCUUGGACACAAUUAUGAG